AUGAUGUCCGAAGAAACCCUACAGAAAAAAUUGGCUAAGGCCAAGGAAAAGCUGAGAGACUCUCAUCCCCAGACCAGCCCUAGUGUUGGUACAGGAGCAACUGACACCAAAAAGAAGAAAAUAAAUAACGGCACUAACCCUGAGACAACCACUUCUGGUGGUUGCCACUCACCUGAGGAUAAGGCAAGCCACCAACAUCAGGAAGCCCUAAGGAGGGAGCUAGAGGCCCAGGUUCAUACCAUACGAAUCCUUACAUGUGAGAAAACUGAGCUUCAGAUGGCACUCUAUUACAGCCAGCGUGCUGUCCAGCAGUUGCAAGGAGAGUCCAGGGAUCUGCUGAGCCGCCUGCAUGAUUCAUGGAAGUUUGCCGGAGAGUUAGAGCGGGCCCUCUCUGCUGUCGCUACACAGAAGAAGAAAGCAGACAGGUACAUCGAGGAGUUAACAAAGGAGAGGGAUGCCCUGAGUCUGGAACUGUACAGGAACACCAUAACCGAUGAUGAGCUGAAGGAGAAAAAUGCCGAACUACAAGAAAAACUUCGACUUGUAGAAUCUGAAAAGUCUGAGAUCCAGCUCAAUGUAAAGGAGCUAGAAAGGAAGCUGGAGAAGGCCAAGCUCCUGCUGCCACAGCAGCAGCUGCAGGAGGAGGCUGACCACCUGGGUAAGGAGCUGCAGAGUGUGUCCGCGAAGCUCCAAGCCCAGGUGGAAGAGAACCAGUUGUGGAACCGCCUGUACCAGCAACAGGAAGAGAAGAUGUGGAAGCAGGAGGAGAAGAUACGGGAGCAGGUGGAGAAGAUACGGGAGCAGGAGGAGAAGAUACGGGAGCAGGAGGAAAAGAUGCAGGAGGAGAUGAUGUGGGAGAAGGAGGAGAAGAUGCGGGAGAAGGAGGAGAAGAUACGGGAGCAGGAGGAGAAGAUGCAGAGGCAGGAGGAGAAGAUGCGGAGGCAGGAGGAGAUGAUGCGGGAGAAGGAGGAGAAGAUGCGGGAUAAGGAGGAGAACAUGCGUGAGCAGGAGGAGAAGAUACGGGAGCAGGAGGAGAAGAUGGGGAGGCAGGAGGAGAAGAUGCGGAGGCAGGAGGAGAUGAUGCGGGAGAAGGAGGAGAAGAUGUGGGAGCAGGAGGAGAAGAUGUGGAGGCAGGAGGAGAAGAUGCACGAGCAGGAGCAGAAGAUGUGGAGGCAGGAGGAGAAAAUGCAUGAUCAGGAGGAGAAGAUGCAGAGGCAGGAGGAGAUGAUGUGGGAGAAGGAGGAAAAGAUACGGGAGCAGGAGGAGAAGAUGUGGAGGCAGGAGGAGAAGAUGCGGGAGAAGGAGGAGAAGAUGGGGAGGCAGGAAGAGAAGAUGCGGGAGCAGGAGAAGAAGAUGUGGGAGCAGGAGAAGAUGAUAUGGGAGAAGGAGGAAAAGAUACGUGAGCAGGAGGAGAAGAUGCGGAGGCAGGAGGAGAAGAUGCGGGAGAAGGAGGAGAAGAUGGGGAGGCAGGAGGAGAAGAUGCGGGAGAAGGAGGAGAAGAUGGGGAGGCAGGAGGAGAAGAUGCGGGAGCAGGAGUUGAGGCUGUGGCAGCAGGAGGAGAAGAUGCAGAAGCAGGAGGAGCACCUGGAAGCUGCCAUCCAGCAGAACAAGCAGCUACACGCCCAGCUGAGCCUCAUGGCUCUCCCUGGGGAAGGUAUGGGAGACCGCUCAGAGGAAGAGGAGAGAGCCCCAGGAAGAGGGGAGGACUGUUAG